AUGAAAGCGCGAGCGCUGUAUUUGUGGGAUCUCUGUUUCUUAGAGAUGGUAGAUCGCAAAUGUUUUGAAGGGAUUGACAUCCGUGUUCCCGGUGUUUCCUGUGAUCUAUUCACUGUACGUACCCGAACAACUUUUCCCACCAUUUAUUCGAUCAGCCCAGCCAGUGGAAUCACUUGCUCUUGCAUUAACCUGAGAAUAAUUUCAAUUCGUUUCCUUCGGUUUUCAGUGUCAUAUUUUUGUCCGUGUUGGUUCUCUUAG